ACUGAGAACCACAGAAAAUUCCAUGUCUGUGAUAAACACAGAAAAAGAAACAGGAUGAGGAAGAGAAGUUGUGCAUUCAGCUGAGCUGCAACCCCUCCGCUCAGCCUGCCUCCCUCCACCCCCCCUGAAAAAGUCUCUCUCCUCCUCGCUGCCUCUUUUCUCUCCGUCUCUCUGCAGCUGAGCUCAACUCCACACAGCAAGUGCCUUUACUUCAACAGAAGAGGGAGAAGCAGGAGGAAGGUUGCAGGAGGAGCGCGCCUGCACUUCACGGGGAGGGCAGAGGAGCGCACACAGACAGACGGGGAGCGGAGUUGGAGUACCACGGCUCUGGCAGUGCCUGCUGAGUGGAGACGGGGGAAUCCGCUGGCACUGUUGAUCGCGGCGUCCCUGCAUGGCAGAAGCUGCUAAAACAGGAGAUGGAAGACGGCAGAGCAGAAAGGAUCUGCCAGCGUUUAGCAGAGACAGCUGAAAGCUGCGCACACAUGCAGGCAGCUGAGCUCGUCUGAAAAAGCAACACAGCUCUUCUUCUUUUGCUGAAAUGCACACAGCCAAGAAGAAAACCGCUUUGUUUAUGUGUCAAGAAAAGGAAAAAGCUUCCAAGCUUUCAGUCCAGCUUUUAGCUGAAUGUUUUUAAACUAACUUCUCUGUCUGGAGUUGGGCCUCUAAACCCUUUAAGCACAACUUGAAACAACCUCUUGAUUGAAGAAACUGAGAGUUUUGCUGGUGAGGAUGAGGAUGCCUCCUUGUCUUUCAGUAUGAAGUGGAUUACAGUGACCAUCUUCUGGGAUUCCUCUUUUGCCUCAUAGAGAAAACAACCCUUUCUCUGAUCGGAUGCACAGAAAAAAUCUGUCUUUCCUUUCUCCUCCUGUGGAUUACACAUGGAUUUUAUGAUCUCCAACCGCAGCCUCAUGGACGAACACUCGAUGGCAGUCAUUAAGCUCAAGUACAAAAAGGGGCACAAGUGACUUGGGCACAAACCGGGAUUGAUUGAUCUGAGUGAAUUCAAUUAAUGCCUCCUGGAUUCCUGCCAAAGACAGAAGCCAUGGAGGGGAACACCACUAUCUAGCGUCUGAUCUGCCUCCUCGCCGGAUAAACGGAGGAACCUCUGCUCUCAACCACACUCCUCCUCCCUCUUCCUCACGGGCAAGGAUGGUACCCCCACCCCCCACUAACAAGCCCCACGUGUGCCUAUCCACUAUUCUCAUCAUGAGCAGCAUGGCACUGAUUGACGCCUACCUGGUCGAGCAGAACCACGGACCACGCAAGAUUGGGAUCUGCAUCAUGGUGAUGGUGGGUGACAUCUGCUUCCUGAUUGUUUUGCGCUACGUGGCGGUGUGGGUGGGCGCUGAGGUGCGCACGGCGAAACGAGGAUACGCCAUGAUCCUCUGGUUCCUUUACAUCUUUGUGUUGGAGAUCAAGGUCUACUUUGUGUAUCAGAACUACAAGGCGGACCGGAAGAGCUUGGACGCUCUUGCAAGGAAAGCAUUGACGUUGCUCCUGUCGAUUUGCAUCCCGGUGUUGUUCAUCGUCCUGGUGGCCAUUGACCACAUGGAAUACGUCCGGGCUUUCAAGAAGCGUGAGGAGAUCCGUAACCGUCUGUUCUGGGUGGUGGUGGACUUGCUGGACAUACUGGACAUCCAGGCGAACUUGUGGGAGCCUCAGAAGAAGGGCUUGCCUCUUUGGGCUGAGGGCCUGAUGUUCUUCUACUGCUACAUCCUCCUUCUGGUCCUGCCCUGUGUGUCCCUGAGUGAGAUCAGCAUGCAGGGCAUCAACAUCGUCCCACACAAGAUGCUGUUGUACCCCAUCCUCAGCUUGGUGACCAUAAACAUCAUCACGCUCUUCAUCCGUGGGGGGAACAUGAUUUUGUACAGGGACGCCAGGGUAUCUGGGAUCCUGAUAGGAAAGAACAUUCUGGCCAUCAUACUAAAGACCUGCAGCUUCGUGCAGUACAGGAGACAGUUGCAGAAUGCACCACCCGCUUUCGGAGUGGAGCUGCAGAAAAACUCUGUGGCUCGCCCCGCCCCCACCCCUCCCCAAGUGGUCACGCAGGAGCAGACGCCUCUCCCCGAAGUGACAACCUGUGAACACACAUGACAUAGAAAUGAGGGGGGGACCCUAGCACUGAAUACAUGACCCUCAGGAUGCGGCGCUCCACACCGUUUGGGUGGUGUGAACGCUCAGGAAAUCAUGAAAAGCAAAGCGGCACACACAACGCCGCAGCGAGGAUCAGGCUGUAUCAUUUUCACAGCCGUCAUGGUGCAAAAUCAAGGAUCACUUGUGACUUUGUAAACAUUUCUCCUGGUAAAUCUAAUUUACUGUGUAUUUUUUCUAACUGUGCAAAUUUAAAAAGGCAACUAUACUGCAAAAGUAGAGGAUAUAUUUUUCAACUGUGUGUGAUGCAUUCCCAUCAUAAAUGUAGGGUCUCUGUCCUGUGCUGUGUUUAUCUGUUGCUCGGUUUUUCUCAGUAAUUGAGGGCUUCAACUUUUAAAGGGAGCAGCUGAUGGAAAGAUCAAAGUAAUGGGAGUGAAAAGAAGUUAAAGUUCUGUGUUGAUAGAAGUGUUUUUCUAUGUGAUUCUUUGAUAAAGUACUGUGGACAAGACAAAGACUUUUCUGGUUUUUCAUUGGCUUUGAGUGGAUUUAUUAA